AGGAGAGAGAACCUAGCCGUCAAUGUCCGCGUUCCCUUCCAAGGGCGCUAGGGUUUAACCCCGACUGCUCGAUCUCUCUCCCAGUCCGAUUCGGUAGCAUCUGGGCGGGCCACAUGGGGUACCUCCAGGAGGCCAGGGAGAAUCACGUCAAGAAGAAGGUCGAGGAAGCUUUGCGAAGCAAAAUGAAACAAAAGGCCCUUAAGGAAUGUGAUUUCUACUGUUCAAAAUAUGCCGAGUGUGCCCGGGGAAGAACAUUCUCCGUUGUAUGGCAAUGCCGCAAACAAGCUAAAGAGUUGAAUAAUUGCCUUCAUCAAUACACUAAUGAUGCAAUCUUGGAAGAAAUGAAGAAGGCUUACAUGGUUGAGCAAGAGAGCAAGGAGAGGAACCAAUAAGCAUUAUGCAAUGGAUAAUGGGCAUCGUGAGCUUUUCCGUGCUAGUAUGUACACUGUAGUCCUUUGAAUUUUGGCAGUUGUUUACUGGUUACCUUUGCUUGAUUGAUGCUAAAUUCAUGGGGGCUUUUGCAAACAUUGAUUUUACCCACAUGCAUAACCUGUUAUAAUCUCAAGGUUUCUGUUGAAUGUACGAUAUCAGAUGCUACCUUCUGCUAUAAUUUUCACCCCCAAAUAGAUUUUGUAUGAAUGAAGAGAAUGCAGUUGCUUUUUGUUUCCAA